UAGUUUGAGGCCAUGUGCAGAUUUCUUCCCGCGAAUGAGAAUUUCGUGCCAUUUAUCACGAGACAGGGAACUUAAAAAUAAACUCCAAGACUGCAAGGGUUUUAAUUUAAUUUAAUUUAAUUAUACGCUAAAAUUUCGGAAUGAAUAGGCGAAGGGACGACUAUGCUGACAGACAAUCAGAGAAAGUGAGAGGCCGUGACCGUGAUGGCCACAGUCGGGAUUGUCAGGACAGGGGAGUGAGUAGGUCAAGAUUUGUAGAUCGGCAAUCACGGUCUAGAGCUGAUACCAGAAUCACAUCCUCAAAUUCAAGAAGACGGGAUUCAUGGGACCGAGACCGGGACAGAGACAGAGAUAGCCGGUUUGGAAAUAAGCAACACAGUCGACAUGAAUCCCGUAGCAGCAGUGGUAGAAGGUACCCGCAGUCUGGCAGAGAUAACCGCAGCUCUGCUACGAGUAGUAGAAACAAGUCCAUGAGCAGCUCGGGAGCAGGAAGAACAGGACAUAAUAUUCUAAAGCGAUCGCCUCGCAGAGAUUCCCAUAGGAAAAAUGAACGAAUAAGUGACAAGUCACAAGAUGAUAGAAAUUAUGGUUCGGAUGCUUCAUCAGAUCAAGAUUUGGACGAUCUGAAGGUCGAGAAAUGGACUCGAUCUGCACCAGAUGAAAUGUACUAUACCAGGGUAGAAAAUGGGGAUUUUUGUGCGACUGAUGCAACUAAAACCCUUUGUGAUACGUUCGAAAAGAGGCUGCUGCUCAAGGCGGAGACUGCACGUCUAGAAGCCGAAAAGUUAGGAUUUAUAAAGUUUGAAGAACUAAAUGAAGAGAUUGAGUUGAAGGCAAAGAAGCAGAAAAAAGAGGCACACUUGGGCGAAGCAUGUUCAAAGACAUGUUCUAAAGGUAAUUCAAAACCAAAGAAUUUAGAGGAUUUGUCAAAAUCGGCAACAUCUAAAGAGGAUCCUCAAGCACUGGUAGAAGAUUCAUCCCAAUCUAAACCUCCCUUAGAUCAGCCAGUUGUUUGUUGCACUCACGAAGAAGGGGAAAUUUGUGACUGUGAAGAAACAGUUCAGGAAUUAAAAGUGAAUACUGAAGAAUCCAAAUGCGACAAAAACGAAAGUGGGUGUUGCACUAACUCAAAUAUAGAUCGGAAAUGUGGAAAGAAUGAUUCAAAGGCAAUUAAUUCUAAUUGCUCUGUUCCUCACAAAGGCAAAAACUCCGACAAUUGUGCAGGGGAAUCAAAAAAGCAAGACACCAAAUGUCACAAAAAGGAUAGCAGCAGCAGCAGUAGUAGUAGUAGCAGUGAUGAGAGCUCGAGUUCUGAAGAUUCUUCAGAUGAGGAUGAAAUAUCGUCCAAGAGCAGUGCUGCCAACAGUGAAUUAGAAAAGAGAAAGCUUCACCCUCGAAGACUUCAUCCCGAAUUGUGGCACAACGAUCCUGGUCUCAUGAACGACGGUCCCCUUUGUCGCUGUAGUGCGAAAGCACGACGGUGUGGUAUUAGGCACGGAUAUUUCCCUGGCGAGUCUAUUAUCCCACCAUGUAUUCCGUUUUCAACAAAUAGAAACACCUUACACCAUUACCGCAUAACGAUAUGUCCUGCGAAAAAUUUUCUAGUGAAAACACCCUCCGUGAUUCGCCACGACGGCCACGAAUACAUCUUUGAAGGAUUUUCACUCCUAUCUCAUUACAAAAUUGAUCUUAAGCUGCCGCCUUGUCGAGUUAUAAGGUUUAAUAUUCGCUACGACGUGUUUGUUACUGAAGAAAAGUUUCCGGAAUCUUUUUGUGUGAGGGAACUUGAGCUUUUUGAAACUUAUGUAUUCCGAGAGAUACUGGAACUCUUGGAUUUAAAGUACGACUGGGGUGAACAGGGAAGUUGUGCUCCUUUCCAUUUGAUGCCACGAUUUGUUCGACAACUUCCAGAUAAUGGGAAAGAAAUUCUCUCCAUGAAUAGGGUGAUGCUAUAUUUGCUCAAAAGCGAUAGAAACAUAUUCAAGGAAAAGGAACUUCCGGAUCACUUUUCCAAAUCUCAGACUGAAUGGCAGAAUUUUGCUGAUAAGCAUAAAGGAAUGAUUGUAUCUAAAUUUGGGCAAAAACCAUGUUCAUUACGAGUUGAUCAGAUUGAUAGAGAUACCAGCGGCCAUGAAUCUGAAGUUGAAGACGAGAAAAAAUAUCCUCUUCUUGUUCAUUUUGGGAUCAGACCACCUCAGUUAUCAUACGCUGGAGAUGUGAGUUAUCAGCGAGCAUGGAGAAGAUAUGUGAAAUAUCGCCACUUACUCUCCAACAUGGCUAAACCGUCUGCAGAAGAAAAGAGAAUUUUGGUCAACAAAGAGUUAAAGUUACAAAAAAUGCGAACGGCUUCCACAAUGAAACGCGACGUAACAAUUGCGAUAUCGGCGAAAGGAUUCCGUACUACAGGGAUUUUCUGCGAUUUAGUGCAACACGCAAUGUUAAUUCCUGUACUUGUGGCUCAUCUUCGUUUCCACAAAGCACUUAGUACCCUUGAGACUCGGAUGCGAUAUGAAUUUACAAACCGCUAUUUGCUUCAGUUGGCCAUGACACAUCCCUCAUACAGAGAAAAUUUUGGGACUAAUCCUGACCAUGCACGUAAUUCUUUGACAAAUUGUGGUAUAAGACAGCCAGAAUAUGGGGAUCGUAGAAUUCAUUACACCUCUACAAGGAAACGUGGGAUUACGACACUUAUCAACAUUAUGGCGAAAUUUGGAUCCGACCAAGAGAUGGAAUCUGAAAUCACGCAUAAUGAGCGUUUAGAAUUUCUUGGAGAUGCUGUAGUAGAGUUUGUAACUUCAAUUCAUUUAUUCCACUUAUUCCCUGGCUUGGAAGAAGGAGGAUUAGCCACAUACAGGGCUGCGAUUGUACAGAAUCAGCAUUUGGCAGUUUUAGCGAAGGUACUCAGUUUGGACCAGUAUAUGCUCUACGCUCAUGGAAGUGAUUUGUGCCAUGAUUCAGAGCUUCGUCAUGCCAUGGCAAAUUGUUUCGAAGCUUUAAUGGGAGCAUUGUUUUUGGAUGGCGGAAUUCAAGUGUCGGAUCGUGUGUUUGCCAAGACGUUCUUCAGUGAAGAUGACAUCCUUCACCAGAGAUGGGCUAAUUAUCCUCGUCAUCCAUUGCAACAAGAAGAACCAGACGGUGAUAGGGAGUGGAUUGAACACCACCAAGCCUUGCAAAAGCUGACAAAAUUUGAGGACAGCAUUGGGGUUGAGUUUACCCACAUAAGAUUACUCGCUCGGGCUUUCACUGAUCGUAGCUUAGGAUAUAAUAACCUUUCUCAAGGAUCUAAUCAGAGACUAGAGUUUUUGGGAGAUACGGUGCUGCAACUGAUUUCCUCGGAUUAUCUUUAUCGCCAUUUCCCAGAUCAUCAUGAAGGGCAUUUGUCGUUGCUUAGAAGUGCGUUGGUCAAUAAUCGCACUCAAGCAUAUGUUUGUGAUGAUCUUGGGAUGACUCAGUAUGCGAUGAGGGAUCCAAAGUCAGAAAUGAAGACAAAGGAUCGAGCAGAUUUGCUGGAGGCAGUACUGGGAGCUUUAUACAUUGAUAAGGGUCUGUUAUACUGUACCACGUUCUGUUCCAUCUGCUUUUUCCCACGGUUGAACGAAUCAAUUACGAAGCAAGAAUGGAAUGACCCUAAAUCCAAAUUACAACAGUGUUGCUUAACACUUCGAGCUAUGGAUGGACGCGAGCCUGACAUUCCAGUUUACAAGGUCACAGAGUCAUUAGGCCCCACCAACACGCGUGUCUAUACAGUCGCUGUGUAUUUUAGAGGAACUCGGCUUGCAACGGCAAAGGGACAUAGCAUUCAAGAAGCCGAAAUGAAUGCUGCUGCCACGGCGUUAAAAGAGUCUGGCCAUUUGUUCCCCCAACUCCAUCACCAGAAAUCGGUUGUGGACAAAACUUCUAAAUUCCAGAGGAAGCGUUGAUUAGUUUUAGUUUUUGUUAAAUUUCAUAUUUCUGUAGAUAUACCCUAAUACCCUAGUCUGAAUAUGUAUGUAUAUAUUCUAGUCUCGAACUAACAUAUUCUUACAAUUAGUAGAAGUACUAUUAUGUAUAAGUACUAAAAUAUGUAUAAUGUCUGCAAAAGAACAUUUCCAAUCGAGUAAUAAAUUCAACUUUUUAUUCUUGCAA